AUGGCUACCCAGAACGGCGUCGCCAGUGUCGGUCUGGGACUGCUGGACGUCAACCGACGCAGACCCGCCACGCAGGGAGGCGACCGGCCUGCACCUUCGGACAUGCUUGACGAUGGCGAUGGCUUCCCGUCAAGCUCCACCUCUGGUCAUCAUUCUCCCGUGAACGGCGCAGGUCGAGCUCAACAGAAUGGUUACACCACGCCACGAAUAAUACCUCAGGAGGCGGAAGACUAUUUGACAGCGAGACCGACCGGCCUGCUCCAACGCACAAAGAGCGACCUUGGACCCCGGCGGAAGGAGGGCCUUCAGAACGUACCUGCAGAAGACAAGCUGGCGCACAUUAGACAUGGCUGGGACGACGAGUACACGUCAAAUGAAUACCUGUCACUGUUACACUCGACUUUUUAUAUGUACUACACCGAAAAACGACACGAGAGCAAUGGGUCACAGUCGGAGGAAUCGAAGCAGUUCCCCAGCGUGGACUGGCGCAUGAAAGACAGAAUGAAGACCGUGUCUGCUGCGCUGGCAAUAUGCCUGAAUAUUGGCGUUGACCCUCCCGAUGUCAUCAAGACGAACCCCACUGCCAAACUUGAGGCGUGGGUCGAUCCGACCGCAAGCAGUGGCGGGAACACGAAAACCAUGGAACAGAUUGGCAAACGUCUACAAGAACAGUACGAGUCAUUGAGUCUGAGGACAAGGUACAAGCAGUAUCUUGAUCCCUCGAUUGACGAGACAAAACGUUUCUGCAUCUCAUUGCGUCGUAAUGCGAAGGAUGAGAGGGUGCUCUUCCACUACAAUGGCCACGGUGUGCCUCUUCCAACGCCGUCAGGAGAGAUCUGGGUUUUUAACAAGAACUACACACAGUACAUCCCUGUCGGCUUGUAUGACCUACAGUCAUGGCUCGGGGGUCCCAGUCUCCUCGUUUAUGACGUCUCACAUGCCGGCAACAUCGUCUACAACUUCGAGACACUGCUCGCCAAGCACGAAAAGGAAAACGAAGAGCUCAAGAAACGGGAUCCCAACGCCCCCAUCCAAAACUACGGAGACUGCAUACAACUCGCAGCUUGCGGCAAGAACGAGAUGCUGCCGACGAAUCCAGAUUUACCUGCCGACCUCUUCACAUGUUGCCUGACGACGCCGAUCGACAUUGCGCUGCGAUAUUUUGUUCUACAAAACCCACUCCCCAGUGGACAUACUAUUGAAGAUGGGAAGAUCCCGGUUCCAGGCCGUCUACAGGAUAGACGGAGUCCGCUGGGGGAGCUUAACUGGAUCUUUACCGCCAUCACUGAUACGAUUGCGUGGAAUAUUCUGCCGCGGAAACUGUUCAAAAAGCUGUUUCGGCAAGACCUCAUGGUAGCUGCAUUGUUUCGAAAUUUCCUGCUGAGUGAGCGUAUCAUGAGGGCAAAUCACUGUCACCCCAUAUCAUCUCCGGCUCUUCCUGAGACACAUCGACAUCCUCUUUGGCAGAGUUGGGAUCUUGCCAUGGAGAUGGUCCUAGCACAACUCCCUCUGCUUCGGGAAGCAGACGAGGGGAAGCGUGUCUACGAGUAUCAGCAUUCAACAUUCUUCGCCGAACAACUCACCGCGUUUGAGGUAUAUCUUAGCUCUGGUCCAACCAAGGAUCGAGCACCGGAUCAGCUGCCGAUCGUCCUGCAGGUACUCCUGAGUCAGGUCCACCGAUUACGAGCGUUGAUCCUCUUGAGCAAGUUUUUGGAUCUGGGCCCGUGGGCUGUUCACCUCGCUUUGAGCAUUGGGAUCUUCCCGUACGUGGUGAAACUUCUGCAGGCGGCGUCCCUGGAGCUCAAGCCAGUAAUGGUCUUCAUCUGGGCUCGAAUCAUGGCAGUCGACUCGACCGUCCAGUUGGACCUGCUCAAGGACAACGGAAUCCACUACUUCAUCUCUAUUAUGAAUCCGCGGUCGGAUAUUCCUGUUGGCAACGCCAGCGAGCACCGGGCCAUGUGUGCAUUCAUUGUGGCCACAUUCUGCAAGAACUACCCCCCUGGCCAGACCGUUUGUUUGUUGCCGGAACUUUUCAGUGCCUGUUUAUUGAACAUGGCUGAACCUGAAAAUCCCCUGCUGCGGCAGUGGUCAUGCCUGUGUCUCAGCAUGCUGUGGAAGGACUACGCAGACGCGAAGUGGAUGGGUAUCAGAUGUAUGGCUCAUUCCAGGCUCUGCGAACUCUCGCUAGAUCCCGUCCCAGAAGUGCGUGCGGCUAUGCUUCAUGCUUUGACCAACUUCAUUGGCAUACCAGAUCUUACAGACCAAGUCUCUCAGAUCGAAGAGGGCAUUGCCUCCUCAGUGCUUUUCCUGACUUCUGACGGCAGCACCUUGGUGCGGAAAGAGUUGGUCGUGUUCCUCUCUCACUUCGUCAAGCGCUACGAAAACAAGUUCAUUGUGGUCGCCUACGAACAGCUGGUGGAAGAACGGGAUCGUCAUCCAUACAAACAAUCUGAAUCAGGAAGCUUGGAGAACGGUCAAUCGCUCAAGUGGGUGCCAAUAUCGGCAAACACGAUCUACGGGUCAAUCUGGGUCCAAAUUUUGAUGCUGUCUGUUGAUCCUCACCCAGAAGUCGCACGAAACGCAUCCCUCAUUGUCGAUCACGUGCAUGAGACGCUGGUCCACUCGCCGAUGAGCCACAUGGCUUUGGCUGUUCUCGACGACCUGUUGAGAUUUGCGAAAAGAGAGGACUCCCAGCUCAAGAAAGUUUCUAGCAGAGACUCGCUGAAGCCGGUUCAAGCACAGCCUGGCACUCCUCCGCCGACCUUGACAAAACAGCAAAGCUACUUGUCUCUGAGCUUGAAGAGAGCGGGCAGCUCGCUUCGCAAUCUUGCUUUCGGCACCGGUUCAUCCAAUGCUUCCUCCAGCUCGACAAGCCCUGAGGUAUCUCCGACAAAGACGAGAGAUCUAGUCCAGCCGGUCAACACUCCCAGGAGUCGCCUCCCACCCGAAUGGAGUCGACCGCCAGACUCACCCAAUGCCACGAACACCCCAGGGUCGUAUCAUUCGGCACAGCAGCCCACUUCAGCUGGCUUUGUGCCCUUGGACCCAAAGAAACCGCCAGCGUUCCCCUUGGUGAGCACCCUGUUAGAAUGGUCAACUGAAUACUUUCGGGAACCGCAAAUGCGACCAAACGACCCGGACGAACCAGGCUCGGCAGAUUACAACUCGAGAUUAUGGCGUAGGAAUCGUAACGAGAAGAUCAUUGCCGACAACCAGCCCCUCAAAGCGGUGGCGGGCAGCUCGAGAUGGGUUCGUCCGCAGGGCUUCUUGAACAACCAGACCCAGCCAAUGAAAAUGACGUUCCACCAAUUUGAUGAUCACCUUGCCGUCGCCGACGACAAAGACACCAUCACUAUCUGGGACUUCCAGAACAAUGAACAAAUCAGUCGGUUCAGCAAUGGCAACCCUACCGGCUCCCGGAUCAACGAUGCCAAGUUUCUCAAUGAGGAUGAUCAACCUCUCCUCAUGGUGGGCAGCUCAGACGGCGUCGUCAAGGUGUACAAGAACUACGCCCAUCCCGCAGAAGUCAAGGUGAUCACAGCCUUCCGAGCUCUGACGGAGCUGAUCCCCAGCAAUAAAAAUGCCGGGUUGGUGUUUGACUGGCAACAAGGCCAAGGCAAAGCCCUCGUUGCGGGCGAUGUCAAGGUCAUCAAGGUUUGGAAUGCCGCGACCGAGCUGUGUGUGGGUGACAUUCCUGCUAGGAGCUCCAGCUGCGUGACUUCCCUGACGAGCGACAAAGUGGCGGGCCAUAUUUUUGUUGCCGGCUUUGGAGACGGUGUGGUGAGAGUCUUCGACCAAAGACUCAACCCCCGCACCGCCAUGGUCAAACUCUGGAGGGAGCACAGGCAAUGGAUCACGAACAUUCACAUGCAGCGCGGUGGCGUGCGAGAACUCAUCUCCGGUAGUCGCAAUGGGGAGGUGAAACUAUGGGACCUGCGCAAUGAUAAAGCUGUCCUGACGCUCAAUGCGACGAGCAACACACCCUCACCCUUGAAACUCGAUAAUAUGAAAGACGGCACGAGCUCUGCAAUCUCCACGCCGGAGAAACCAACCGCCCUGCUCAGGAGCCUGUCCGUGCAUGAACACGCUCCCAUAUUCUGCGUCGGCACAGAUCGACAUGAAGUCAAAACGUUCAACACCAACGGUGACGCUCUCGGGGUGUUUGAACCGUCGUCCACGCGCAUGGCUCAAUUGGCGGGCGCGGUGGGGAGUGUUGGGGUUAAUGUCGGGGUUAGUGCCGGACGCUUAGGGAUUGGAAGGCAGCCCAUUGUGGCGACGGCGUAUCAUCCUCAUCGCAUGGUGUUGGCGUGUGCGGGGUUGGGAGAUACCGGGGUCGGACUGGUUAGUUACUAG